AAACCGGAUGAAACGUAUAGGAGAAAACGCCCCAAACGGCUACGUACGCCAUCUUUUUUCUGGCUGAUCUGAGAUCAGUUUGAUAUUUUUACCGUUCUACAAAUUAUGCUACAUUUGCGAGGAAAGCUGACCCUGAAUCAGUAUGAAAUACCGCCACUGAUUUCAAGUAUUGGCGGUUUAUUUUGAUUCCGCAUUCAUUCCGAAAAUGUAGCUGUUGUUUUAACCGAUACACGAAUCGUUUUAAUGUCGUUUACUUUAUACAUUUAUGUCUUUAUGAAAUAUACAAUUAUUCGCUAAAAUGGAGGACCAAGCUCGGGCUAUUUUACAGCGAAUAAUAAAGAAAAUCCCUAUGAAAAAGAUCCAGUCUGUUCUGAGCAGCUGGGAGAGGUUAUCAGACGAGCAGCUGCACAGUCUGGAUUAUACACAACCUAAAUGGCUGUUUCUGGAGAAUUUAAUAUCGACAUGUGAGGAAGGCAGAGUGAGCUUAAAAGAUGUGACCAAACUGGAGAUGGUCUAUCAUAUAGACAACCCUAAUCAAGGUACCUGGCAUGCCUGUCAACUCCUUGAAGCAGAUGAUGAUGCAUUUUCGGUGGAUUUCACACAGUUUAAGGAGUUGUUCAUGGCACACUUGGAAGAAGUUGUCCGACAUAUAUCUGUCCGAAUGAAGAAACUGGAUGACGGAGCUGUAUGGAUUCGUAUCGCGUGGGGAGAUAACUUUACCAAGCCCAACCAUCUCAAACCAACUUAUGUUGUACAUUAUCUGCAGACCCCCUACAUCUUUAUCCUUAAUCUCAUGCCCAAACACAAGCCUUUUCUACAUCAGGCUCUUGUUCUGUCCACGAGACAUGUGUCUAUUAAAGAAGCUCACCUGAGUGCAAGGAGCCUUACUGCAAUGCGAGAUCUGCUGAUGAGACAGUAUCAGCAGGUGUUUCCAAAUCAAGAAAGAACAUUAAGAGAAAGGAAUGCACCUCCCUCACAUCCCAACAUUAAUAAGGAGCAUGCUGAGUACACUGACCGAAGGCAUCAGAUGGCAUGUGAAGCUUUCGGUGACGGGAUGUUGCCAAAGCUGGAGACCGCUGUGUACAAGCUAGAAACAAGAUACAGAGGUACUAGCAACAACACGCUAAGUGAUAAAGAUGACCUCUUCAAAGGGAUGGUCAAGUUCUCCAGCACCAACCUGCUAGAGUCACUGCGUCACUGUGUGUCUGCAGGUAUGGCUGAAGGUCCUGUCACUCCUCUGUUAUCCUCAAUCACACAAAAAGGUCGGAACUACUUUGUGAUAACUGACAAAGUCCCAGCAGCCACAAGCCAGACUCCUGCUAACAAGUCCUGAUGUGAUAUGACUCCGCUUACCCGAGCAGCUCAUGGACAUGAACACUGUGUUUUCUAAAGAUUCUAACCCUGGUUGAACCAUGUUUAGUCCAUUUUAUAAGGUUUUAAAUAAAGGUUUUAAAUGUUGGUGGUGUAACACCUCAGAUUUAGGUAAACUUGCAGACUAAUUAUCAGUUUUAGAUUGGGGUGGGGGGGUUGGCGUUCUGAAAGAGACCACUCAUGUUUCCACUGCUGUACCACUGAGUUGCAAGCUUGAAAAUGAUACACAGUAUUGAAUGAGCAUACUGGCAGUUUAAUUCCAUGCUGUAUUGUAUGAAAUGUAAUUUACUUUUUUUUUUUUUUUUACAAUAAAGCCCUGCAAUGGUCAUCAUUAGGAGACAUGAGAAGAUAAAACCAACCAGAAGAAUAAAGUGGGUUCAUAUAA